GCGUCGUGCUUUUGCAAGGCACAAUCGACCAAAUUUUGCUGGCGACCGCGUUUCCUCCGCAUUGCUGGCGACCGCGGAGCGAGACUCUCAAGCAUCCAUCAAUGGCGGCGAUAUUUCCGCAGUGAAAUGGGGGGCCGAGGCGUGUUCGUUGAUGGCGUCCGUCGCUUGUUCAAGCGCCGAAAUCAAAGCGCCUCCACUCGUUUCAUCGAUCCCAAUCAAGAACAGGAAGAGGGAAAAGAAACAGAGGUUGAAGGAAGUGAGAUUGAAGUUGUCGUUGAUUACGAUCUCACUGGUCUCAAAGCAGUCAGUGUUCCCAAGUGGAGGGCGAUGGUCGAUAAAAAGAGCACAAAUGAAGCAGACUUCUUCACUGAAUACGGUGAAGCGAGCCGAUACCAGAUUCAUGAGGUGGUCGGCAAGGGAAGUUAUGGGGUCGUCGGCGCUGCCGUGGAUACCCACAAUGGAGAGAAGGUGGCAAUCAAGAAGAUAAACGAUGUCUUCGAGCAUGUUUCGGAUGCUACUCGCAUCCUGCGAGAGAUCAAGUUGCUUAGGCUGCUCCGCCACCCUGACAUUGUAGAAAUUAGGCACAUAAUGCUUCCUCCCUCGCGGAGAGAAUUUAAAGAUAUUUAUGUUGUUUUCGAGUUGAUGGAAUCUGACCUUCAUCACGUUAUUAAGGCAAAUGACGAUCUCACGCCUGAACACCAUCAGUUUUUCCUGUACCAGCUUCUGCGAGCUAUGAAGUAUAUCCACACUGCCAAUGUUUUUCAUCGGGAUUUGAAGCCAAAAAAUAUUCUUGCAAAUGCGGACUGUAAACUGAAAGUUUGCGACUUUGGUCUUGCUCGUGUUUCAUUUGAUGAUGCUCCCUCGGCUAUAUUCUGGACGGAUUAUGUGGCAACACGAUGGUACCGUGCUCCUGAACUAUGUGGCUCUUUUUUCUCCAAGUACACCCCUGCGAUUGAUAUUUGGAGUAUAGGAUGCAUAUUUGCCGAAAUGUUAUCAGGAAAGCCGCUUUUUCCAGGGAAGAAUGUGGUGCAUCAGUUGGAUCUCAUGACCGACCUACUUGGCACUCCACCUCCUGAAACAAUUUCAAGGAUCCGAAAUGAAAAGGCUAAAAGAUAUUUAAAUGGAAUGCGCAAAAAACCUCCGAUUCCUUUCUCACAGAAGUUCCCUGAUGCAGAUCCUUUGGCUUUACAUCUACUUGAACGCCUUCUUGCAUUUGAUCCUAAGGAUCGUCCAUCUGCGGAAGAGGCACUAGGCCAUCCAUACUUCAAAGGUUUGGCAAAUGUGGACCGUGAACCAUCGACACAGCCUAUCUCAAAACUUGAAUUUGAGUUUGAAAGGAGAAAAUUGACAAAAGAUGAUGUACGAGAAUUAAUUUAUCGUGAGAUAUUAGAGUAUCAUCCCCAGAUGCUCCAGGAAUAUCUACGUGGUGGAGAGCAGACAAGCUUUUUGUAUCCAAGUGGAGUUGAUCGUUUUAAGCGACAGUUUGCUCAUCUCGAAGAACCCCUUGUCAAGGGCGAAAGAAAGACUCCAAUUUUGAGGGCACAUGCAUCUUUGCCAAGGGAGAGGGUAAUUGUACAAAAAGAUGAAGCCCAUGAAGGAGUUUCCGAUGAUCAUGCCACCUCUGGAAGUCCUUCAAAGACACAGCUAGGCGAGGGUUCAGAACAAGUGCAGGAAACAGAAAGUGGCAUCAAUAGACCAAAUUCUAGUGCUCGUAGUUUGUUGAAGAGUGCAAGCAUCAGUGGUUCACAGUGUGUAGUUGUUAAAGAAAGAAAAGAGAAUGCAGAAGAGUCGAUUUUGGAACAAGCAGAAGAGGCAGCCGAGGAGCUGAUCCAAAAGGUAGCUUCACUAGCCUGACCUGACGAUAAAAAAUUACAGACGUGGGAUGUUUUUCUCUGGUCUUCUGGAUUGGAAGUGACCUAUAAAUACUAUCAAGGCUCCAGAUUGUAUGCUUGAAGCUGCCUAAGUCCUUGUAUUAGCACAAUUCUGAUAUCGGGCUGAGCCAGCCAAAUCGGAAUGAUAUUUCUGUAUUUAUACAACUUAAUGAUGAUGAUGAUGAUUUCGAACAAUUGGUGCGUGUAAUAAUAGUUCAAGAGAAGAAGUAACGUUUUCUGUGAUACA